GAUUUUUCAUUCACUCUAUAGCAAGGUCGCAGGUGACUACUCUGCUAUAUCGACUGAUGUAAUACAAGUAUUAGAUAAGCCAAACUGUAUGUAUGUACUUCAAAAGCAAAUUCAAUUUUUUAUUGAUAACAGUGUCCUACGUAUAUUUCUUAACAACUUUUGUUACGAUGACUGUAAUUGUAACAGAAAACGAAACCGAAUUGAUUAACAAACUUGCUUCUAUAUUGGAAAAUAAUUCAAAUACAUCGAUCACAAGAGAUGGGACUUUCAAAGUGGGAUUAUCAGGUGGUUCGGUAGUGAAAUUUUUGAACGAGGCGAUCCCAAAAUUAAAGACGGAUUUGAGUAAAUGGAAACUUUUCUUUUGCGACGAAAGGGUUGUUCCUGAAGAUGAUCCCGAAUCCACGUUCGGAACGUACAAGAAGAAUUUGAUAGGAAAAGUGAAUCUCAAAGAGGAUCAAUUCGUACGAAUAAAACAAGGAGUUUCAGCUGAUGAAGCAGCCAAGGAUUACGUUCGUCAGAUGGCAGAGUACUUUCCCGGCAGUUUGCUACCCAGAUUUGACAUGUUGUUACUCGGCAUGGGCCCAGAUGGCCACACAUGUUCCCUGUUUCCCGGGCACCAACUUUUAAACGAGAACAAAGUUUGGGUCGCUCCGAUUACAGAUUCGCCCAAACCUCCACCCCAAAGGGUUACCCUCACUUUUCCAGUAAUCAACAAUGCCAGAGUUGCAGUUUUUGCCAUUGCUGGGGAAGGAAAGGCAGAUAUGGUAAAGAGGAUAUUGGUAGAUAAGGAAGAUUUACCAGCUGGGAGAGUUCAGCCAUCUUCUGGGGAACUUUACUGGAUUCUAGACAAAGAGGCCGCAAGACAUUAUUCGAAAUAAUAAUAUAACCAAAACUUUCGCUUGUUCUUAUGUUAAACGUAUCUAAUUAAUAAACGAAAUUUGUAAAA